AAAACAUUUCUUCCAACCUCGUCCCUUCAUCCUCACGAACCUCCUCGACAACGUCAAUUGUAGUCACACAUAGUCUCUUCAACACCCUAUUACACCACCAUCACCACCACCACCACUACCUCAGCCUCAUACAACGGACAUCGCAAUGGCUUUCCGUUUCGCAGCAAGAAGAAUGGCCCUCGCGCGCCCCGCCGUCCCGGCCAGAGCCUUCCACUCGACGCCCCGCGCCUUUGUCAAGACGGGAGACGCCGUGCCCGACUUGGACGUGCUCGUAGAGAACUCGCCCGGCAACAAGGUCAACCUCGCCGAGGAGUUCGCCAAGGUCAACAACGGCCUCAUCAUCGGCGUCCCCGCCGCCUUCUCGCCCGCCUGUUCGGCGAGCCACAUCCCCUCGUACAUCAACCACCCCAAGCUCAAGGAGCAGGGCGCCGUGUUCGUCGUCUCAGUCAACGACCCCUUUGUGAUGAAGGCCUGGGGUGACCAAUUGGACCCGGCUGGCCAGACUGGCAUCCGAUUCCUCGGCGACCCCGCCGGCGAGUUUACCAAGUCGCUCGAGGUCGAUUUUGACAGCAAAGCCAUCUUCGGCAACGACCGCAGCAAGCGUUACACCCUCGUCAUCGAGAACGGCAAGGUCAAGGAGGCUCACGUCGAGCCCGACAACAUUGGCACCAAGGUCUCCUUGGCCGACAAGGUUCUUGGUUAAGGGAGGAACCUCGCCUCUCGGCAGUUGACGGAUGAGGACCUAGCAAUAUGUGUUUGGGAUAGAAUCCAUGAUUGGAUGCAUGGCUGCGAUGUAUGAUGAAGAAGGAAUGCCUGUGCACCGAGAAUCGGUUUACAAUCGAUACAGUUGAAAAUCCUAUUU